UUAAAUGUGACUGUUCUCCGGACUGUGAUGACGGGAGCGAUGAGACGGAUGGGUACGCCGGAUGUACCAACGCAGCAGAGUGUGAACUGAGAAAUGGAGCAGCUUUUUUAUAGUCAGAUCGUGCAAAGAUUUCUGAAGAAAACAAUGGUUUUCUACAGGAUCGGACAUCUGACUAUUUUGGUCGUCUCAAUACUUAUUCACGAACACAGGGUGUCUGCCGUGACCUGUAGUUCUGGAUGGACCAAGUAUGGAGAGAAUUGUUACCGACUGUACACAACCAAAAGACCCUGGAUGGACGCCCUUAAGGCCUGUCAGUCCGUGGGGAGCAGCUUAGUGGAUGUCGGAUCUGACGGCGAACAAACUUUUGUACACAAUCUCGCUAGCGGUAACGAGUUCUGGAUCAGUGGUUCGGAUGCGUCCACAGAGGGACAGUGGCUAUGGUACGGUAGCAUCCAGUCCUGGACUUAUACCAAGUGGAACUCAGGCGAGCCAAAUGACUCCGGCGGAGAGGAUUGUGCCAGUCUUCUCAGUGACGGGAAAUGGAACGACUACCCCUGUUCACGUGACAUGGCGUACAUUUGUGAACAAACGACUGCUCUGGAUUCCUGCGAUUCCACCUGGAGUUUUAGGAAUGGAAAAUGCUAUAAACUGUUCACAUCUACGGCCACGUGGUCCAACGCUCUGAAGACUUGCCAGGCCAACUCAGCUAACCUGUUGAACGUCGAAGAUUCCUCCGAAAUGUCUUACGUGAGAGGUCUAAUGAACGGGCAGGACAUGUGGAUGGGAGGGUUUGACGGACCCAAGGAGGGAUCGUGGGCGUGGUCUGGGGGUACCUUCUCCUGGAGCUACACCAACUGGAAAUCUGGCGAGCCUAAUAAUUCGGGAGAUGAAGAUUGUGCUCUGAUUUACGCUAGCGAUGGUCAGUGGAACGACGGAAAAUGUAGCGCAUCUUUACAAUUUAUGUGCAAGAAGAACACGCCUCCAAUAAAUGGCGGUUGGUCCAGUUAUGGAUCAUACGGAUCUUGCUCUAAAACCUGCGGAAGUGGAACCCAAACCAGGUCAAGAACAUGUACAAACCCCGCCCCACAGUGGGGAGGGGAUCAAUGUGCUGGAUCCGCCACAGACUCCCAAUCUUGUAACACACAGGCUUGCCCAAUUGACGGUAAUUGGGGAAGCUGGGGAAACUGGGACACGUGCACGGUGACUUGUGGCGGGGGAACCCAAGGGAGAACUCGCACCUGCUCCAACCCCGCCCCUCAGUACGGAGGGGCAAGCUGUUCUGGAUCCUCAACCAGUUCUCAAACCUGCAACACGAACCCUUGUCCAAUUGACGGUAGUUGGGCAACCUGGGGUAGCUGGGGAACGUGCACAGUGACGUGUGGGGGAGGGACCCAGAACCGCUCAAGAACCUGUUCUAACCCUACGCCGCAGUACGGAGGGGCUGAUUGCACCGGACCGGAUCAAAGCACACAAGACUGCAACACUCAAGUCUGCAUAAUUGAUGGAGCAUGGGGCGCUUGGGGACAGUGGGGUACUUGCAGUGUCACGUGUGGCGGAGGUCAAAAGUCACGAACCAGAAUUUGUGAUAAUCCAAAACCGGAGAACGGCGGAAAGGAUUGUCCCGGAACUUCGGGAGAUUAUGGAGAUUGUAACACUGAUGCCUGUCCAACCGUAGCAGCUGGCCAGUAUGCGCAGUUGUGUCCCACGGGAUUUUUCACGUGUCAGUCUGGCAGUAUGUCUUGUAUCCAGGAAAGCUUUAAAUGUGACUGCAACUCAGAUUGUGAUGACGGAAGUGACGAAACAGAGGGUUACGCCGGAUGUACAAAUACGGCAAUUUGUCUGGCUCAAAAUGGAGCAGGUGUUGAUAUUGCCUCUGUUGUCGUCAUCAUGACGUCAUUGAUUACUGCUCUCUUACUGAUGAAUUAUCGUUAAAGGAUCAAAUCAAAUCAAUGUCAAUAUUGUAUUGAAUUUCAUUCAUGUCUUUGUUAGAUUGUUGUAGACUUUGGAGCUAAAUUAUUCGAUUGUUGUGUUGUCAAUCAAAGGUA